GGAGUUUAAAAGAAAAAUCAAAAGAGAUGAAGUAUUCAAUUUCCUCUUUCUGUUAAGGUCGUGUUUGGUUGAACACUGAAGUUCAGGUGAGAAUCAUUUGGAGGAGCCAAACAAGGCUCUGAAAUGUAUAUGAUAUUUAAGCGAUUGAUCAUCGGUGGAGAGAUUGUUGAAGAAGAAGGCGAGUGGGAAAAAGAAAGAUAAAGAAUUCAAAUAGAAUACGACUCUAGCUAAAUAUUCGUAGGAUUAUUCAUUUUUUUUUCCAGAAGAUUUUGAAAGUAUCUAGAAGAUUCAUCAGCGAGAUUCCAGCUUACGGUGAGAGAAUUGAGGCAAUGUCGGCAAAGAUGAUGAUGAAAGAGGCGGCGAAUGUGACCGCAAUUGAAUCUCAGUCACCUGUGGCGGCGGCGGCGAAGAUGAAAAAUGAAGUGCAAUUUGCGAAGUGCGAGUGCUGCGGAUUGACGGAGGAGUGUACGGAGGCGUACAUAGCGAGAGUGCGGGAACGAAAUCAAGGGCGGUGGAUAUGCGGGCUGUGCGCGGAGGCGGUGAAGGACGAGAUGGUGAGAUCGUCGUCGUCCGAGAGAAGGAUCGGAAGAGAAGAAGCUUUAAAUCGGCAUAUGACAUUUUGUAAGAAGUUCAGAGCAAAAAGUCUGCCAAAAAAUCCGACGGACGAAUUAAUAUCGGCGGUGAAGCAGUUGUUACUGCGGAGCUUGGAUUCGCCGCGGUCAAGCAGACAAGGUCUGGUUCGAUCACAGAGUUGCUUUUCAGCUAUUGAUAGUUGAAUUUGAGUCUUUGGAACGUGUUUGGUAGUAUUGGGAAGAGAAUUGUUGGGGGUAAAUUAAUAGAAGAUCAAUGGAAGUUAUUAGUAUUAGGCUUGAAUAAAUUCUUGCUGCUUAAUGUGGUAUGCAAAAAUUGAACCGGUUAUGCAUUUGCUUGAUUUAGUUGUUGUUGUUGUUAAACAAUUCUUUGGUAAAAUAUAUCUAUUUGGAUCGUAUAUUGGUGAAUCAAUUGAUGAAAAUUUGGCUUUAA